AUGCAUCAGUUCCAUGCCCAUGCUCAAUUCGUCGGUCUUUUACUAAUUACGAGUAAACCAGCUUUAAGCAAUACUACGAGAUGUGGCUUUCCUUCAUCGUUAGAUAUUGUAUAUUCAGGCGAGGUCACCUACUGUUUGUGGAAUAAAUGUCAUCAUGAUUUCGCUGAUCCUCUUGACCUAUUUACACAUGUUAUGGGACAUAUUGAUUUCCUUGGUGGCGACGACAGAGUUCGCGAAGAAUUCAGAUCACUUCCUCAUUACAAGUGUCUAUGGGACCAAUGUCAUCGACAGUUUGAAUCGAAAGGGGAUUUGAGAAAACAUGUUCGUCAUCAUAGCGGUGAGAAGUACUGCGCGUGUCCAUUUUGUGGUCGCUUUUUUUCACGGCCUGACAAGCUAUACGAACAUCUCCGUAAACGUAUUCCCCUUCCAGCUAAUGAGGAAAACACACACGUAGGUAAUCUGUGUUUCGCGGAUACAUUCGAUUUCUGGAAUCUCUGUCUGCUUUGUCAACGUCGCUUCGGUGAUGAGCGCUCGUUAGUGAAUCAUGUGCGACGCCAUAUCAAUGGCCGUCAGUGCCCAACAUGUGGAUUAGCUGUAUCGCUGCCAUCUGAUCUCCACAGGCAUAUUCUGGUGAAGCACACUGAGCGGGCAAAAAAUCUCACUUGUUCUGAAUGCGGCAAAUGCUUCUAUUCUACGGCAAGUUUCAUAGAAGUUGACCUCGUUCGACACGGUGCUGUUCAUGCACCUCCUAGGGAGGUUUGUACGAUAUGUGAUCAGCGUUUUCGUUGGAAAAAACAGCUUGACAAGCACAUGUUGUCCCAUUCUGGAAAUACAAAUGAGAAACCUUAUCUUUGCCAUGUUUGCGGUUCAAGGUAUAUGACGGGUCAUGGCCUAACCCGUCACCUAUCUCGGAAGCAUGAAUGUCCGGUCCCUGAAGGAUUUAGCAGGUUUUCUUAUAAGAAAUGUGCUGACGGAUGUUAUCGACUACAAACUCGUAAACUGGUCCGCACUGUAUUGUAUGAGAAGUAA